GCUGUGCCCCCAUGCACGGUACAGAGCUCGCCCCGUGCCCAGCCCCGCGGUGCUGUGGGGCAGAGCUGUGUUACAGCCCCCCAUAACUCGGUCAAACCCACGGCUGCCCCGUGCCCCAGUGUGAAAGGUUAACGCCAGGGCUGGGGCGAAAGGUGCCGUAAAUCAGGCAGCUAAUCUCAGUUUAAUGGAAAUGAAAUAUUUAGCUUAGGGAAAAGAUUUACUAUCUAAUCUUAAUGAAAUGAAGUCAAGAAAACAAAAAAAAUAAGAUGCUUUGGAGACCAGGUUUUCCAGCUGUGAGGGUGCUGGGGAGGCGGGGGCAGCUCUGUGUGAGCUGCCAUGUGUGAGAUGAGCUGCUUAUCCCAGGGUCUCCGAUCCGAUGGGUUUGUGGCUGGGCAAGAGCUUUUAAUGCUUUUAGUAACUGACUGAAAGGUGGUGAGCAGCUCCCGGGUACUCUGGAUGUAGGGGGUGCUAUGAGAUCAGGUGGGAGGUUUCUGCAUGGCUUGAGCUGGUUCGGUCUGUGGGACUGAGGACAGGGCUGGGGUCUGUGCCCCAAGCCAGCACCCCCAGACUGGGGAAGGGCUGUGUGGGUGAUCCAUGCAAGGUGGUGUCCAGCUGACCAUCCUGGGGCUUGUCCCACGGGACCACCUCUGUGGGCAGAUGGAGCCGUGCAAGGACAGGCUUCGGACCACAUAGGUACCCACCAGCCAGCCCGGGUGUCCCUGUGAAGCUGUGCCUGCUCUCUGGGGGCUGUUUCCACCUGAGAUGGGGGGGGGGUCCCACACACCUGCACACACAGCUCACCCAUGCCUCCCACCCUGCAAAGCUGGGAGGAGAGCCGCAGAGAGGAGCCCUCAGAGGGGUUGAGACGAGCGAUUCCAUUCAGCAAUGGUGGUGCCCAUUGGCCAGGGAACGGGGAUGGAUGCCGGGGGCUGCCAGGGCAGCCCUGGGCCCCAGCAGGCUGGCCGAGCCCUGGCAUGGGCUUGCUGGUGGUGGCCCACCAUGGAUGACCGCGUGGUCCCUGCCAUGCAGAGCCAGGCAGCUGGUACGUCCCCGCCUGCCACUGACCCUUUCGCUGGCUUGAUUGGAUCUUCCCUCUGCACCAGCUGUAUUUAUUUUCGGGCUGUUGCUGCUGCUGGCUGUCCUCCCUCCCCUGCCUGUCCCCUCCCCGGGCUCCCCUCGGGGUUUAAUGUGCUCCCUGCAAAGUGCUGCGGUGCGAUGUAACCCAAGUCCCCCCCGACUCAGCACACAGAUCAGCCUGGGGCUGCAGACACCUCUCCUCCUCUUAUCUGUCCCCGAGCUGGGCUUUUUCCAGUGUUGUGGGUUUGGUUUUUUUUUUCCUUUCUUUUUAGCUCAAAUGGAUUUCAUCCCAUUUGCCCAGAAUUAAGCUCCUGCAGAUUUUAAUUUGCUGACAUUUUUUUCAUCCGUUUGGUUGUGGAUAUCAGGGAUAAUGCACGUGCUGCGCCGGUUCCUCCCUGCUCCCAUCCCCUGCCCAUAUGGCUGGUGUGUGUAGUAAAAGUGCACAAUUGUAGUUCUGCUCAAGAAUGAUGAAAUACGGCAGCGAAGGGGAAAGAUGAGCUGUCUCGGGAUUUUCAUCCCCAAGAAGCACCGGCAGCGGUUUGAUGAGGUGGUGUCACAGAGCCUGAUCAGCAAGCUCUGCCGCUCCAAGAGUGAGCAUCACAGCAAUCGGCUACGGCGCAGCCGGAGCGAGGACCACCAGGAGCGGCUCCUUGUCUCCACCCGCGCCAGCUCCGUGCCCCGCAGCCACGAGGAGGUCAGCAAGAGCCUGCGGAAGACCGCUUCGUUCAUCACCAGCAAUGUGGCCUCGGGGGCUGCCCGCAGAACUGUGCGAGUUUAUAAAGGUAACAGAAGCUUUGGCUUCACACUGCGUGGCCAUGCCCCAGUGUGGAUUGAGUCUGUUUUGCCAGGGAGCCCAGCUGAGAAGGCUGCUCUCAAAGCUGGAGACCGGAUCCUGUUCCUCAAUGGUCUGGACAUGAGGAACUGCUCCCAUGACAAGGUGGUGUCGAUGCUGCAGGGCAGUGGGGCGAUGCCCACCUUGGUGGUGGAAGAGGGGAUCGUCAACGUCUCCAACGACUCUGACUCUGCUGACUCCCCGAGCGCCUCCUCCGCCCUCACCUCCCUGCAGUGGGUUGCAGAGAUACUCCCCUCUAGCAUCAAGAUUCAAGGAAGGACCUUCACCCAGCAGCUGGAGCACCUGCUGACUCCACCUGAGCGCUAUACCAUCUGCAAAGCGCUGGAAGGCUUCUUCCAACAUCGGAAUAUUGACACUCUCAUUGUGGAUGUGUACCCGGUGCUGGACACACCGGCCAAGCAAGUCAUUUGGCAGUUUAUCUACCAGCUGCUGACGUAUGAGGAGCAGGAGCACUGCCAACAAAAGAUUGCCAGGUUUCUUGGUUACAAGUCCUUAGCAGUUGAGCCAGAAGCAGAGGACCGCUACCGCAGCUCCAUCCGAGGGGCCUCCUUGUGCCGGGGAAGCCUUCGAACCCCCCGCCCCGAGGAAGGGGGGGCAGCAGGCCAGAGUGACACCGUGGAGGUCCCGGUUCGCCUGAUCCCUGGAGAGCGACAGGCUGGCGAUGGCACAUCCCUCCCAGAGACACCCAACCCCAAAAUGAUGUCGGCUGUCUAUGCAGAAUUAGAAAACCGCCUGAUCGGCAGCUUUGCUGGCAAGAUGGGUAACGCUGCCCUGCACAGAGCAUCGCCUCCUGCCCCAGAGCUGGCACACGCUGCAGGUGCUCGCAAGUCGGGGAUCUCGUGGCCGAGUGACGCUCUGGCCUCCCAGCAGUGCUACUACCGCCUGCACAGCAGCGUGGCCUCCCCGAGCAGCACCGAGUCCAACCCCUAUGUCAGCCUUGACAGCAGCCCAGCCCCGUCCCCCAAGCACCGGGACUACUCGCUCAGCCCUCUGUCGCGACGGAAGAAGCUCUUCACCUUCUCCAGGCCCCCGCGCAGCCGCGACACUGACCGAUUCCUGGAUGCCCUCAGUGAGCAGCUGGGACACCGGGUCACCAUUGUGGAUGAUUUCCUCACCCCUGAGAAUGACUACGAGGAGAUGAGUUUCCACGAUGACCAGGGCAGCUACGUCACCAACGACGUCAGCAGCAGCGAGUACAUCAGCAGCAGUGAUGAGGGCAGCUCCCUGACCUACUCCACGCUCUCGGACCACAUCCCCCCUCCGCCGCUCAGCCCCCCUCCUCCACCGCCCCCCCUGCAGUUCCACGACCCCAAGACCAUCCCCACCAAGGCAGAGGCCAUGAAGGCCAGCACGUCACCUGCCCCCAAAUCCCUUGUCAGCCACCUGCACCCCAUCCCGCCGCCGCCACCCCCACCACCGCCCCCCCCAGUGCCCUGCGCACCCCCCCUGCACCGGGGGCUGCUGCACCGCAGGAGUGAGUCCAACCACAUGAGCGUCAAGAGGCUGCGGUGGGAGCAGGUGGAGAACUCGGAAGGGACCAUCUGGGGGCAGCUCGGAGAAGACUCAGAUUAUGACAAGCUGAGUGAUAUGGUCAAAUACCUUGACCUGGAGCUCCACUUUGGGACGCAGAAGCCUACAAUUUCUCUUCCAGAGCCAACUCUCAUGCCUGAAAACUUUAAAAAGAAAGACGUGGUUGAAAUUUUAUCCCACAAAAAGGCCUACAACACAUCCAUCCUGAUAGCCCACCUCAAGCUUUCGCACAUCGAGCUGCGCCAGAUUCUCAUGACGAUGGAGACAGACCGUCUGGAGCCUUCCCACAUCAAGCAGCUCUUGCUGUACGCCCCGGAUGGGGAGGAAGUCCAGCGCUUCCAGAGCUACAAGGAGAACCCCGGCAAACUGAGCGAGCCCGACCAGUUUGUGCUGCAGAUGUUGUCAGUACCAGAGUACAAGAUCCGUCUGCGCAGCCUACAUUUUAAGACCACUCUGCAGGAGAAGACAGAGGAGAUCAAAGCUAGCUACGAGUGCAUCUGCAAGGCCUCCCUAGAGCUGAAAAGCAGCAAGAAGCUGGCUAAGAUCUUGGAGUUUGUGCUGGCGAUGGGAAACUAUCUGAACAAUGGGCAGCCCAAGACCAGCAAAACAACAGGCUUUAAAAUCAACUUCCUGACCGAGCUGAACACAACCAAGACUGUUGAUGGGAAAUCCACCUUCCUGCACAUUCUUGCCAAAUCACUCAGCCAACAUUUCCCAGAGCUCCUGGGCUUUGCCAAGGAUCUUCCUACAGUGCCGCUCGCUGCCAAAGUGAAUCAGAGAACGCUGACGGCUGACCUAAAGGACCUGCACACCACUGUCAGCGACAUACAGAUGGCCUGUCACAGCAUGCCAGCUACCGCAGAGGAUAGAUUUGCAAUUGUGAUGACUUCCUUCCUGGAGAGCGCCCAGCCUGCCAUGCGAUCCCUGGACGAUCUUCAGCACAAGGCCAUGGAAGAAUUCGGCAAAGUGUUGUCCUUCUUUGGGGAAGACUCGAAAAUGACAACUUCCGAAGCUUUCUUCGGCAUUUUUGCGGAAUUCAUGAGUAAGUUUGAGCGGGCGCUCAGUGAUGUGCAGGUGGGCGAGAGCCAGCGCAGCCCCAGGAUGACCUCCCCCCUUGCCUGGUGACAGGCCUGCAGCAAUGUGAGGUGCAACAAUUUAUUGCCAACAAAGUGCGAUUUUCUCCUGUUGAGUUUGGUUGUAAAUAUGCUGCUGUCACCUGCUACCACCAAGCAGAACCACGGACCGAGGGGUCAGGGAAGUCUGGACACUGACAAGGCACUACAGGUGAUAGUGGAUGGAUGCGAGGGUGAGGCACGGGGACGCGAACGUAAACACCACGCGGGUCUGGACAGCAGCUUAUUAGCACCCUCCAUUUCCAGCGUGUCACUGAGGCAAGGAUUUCAGACACAUCUGGGUAAAACCCCCCUCUCUCACGUUUCCAGAACACGUAUAACUGGCACCAGCAGCUGCUGGAGACCUUCUCCACAUCCCCACGGCCAGUUCCCGAGCGUGGCUGCGCAAGCGGGCUGCCCUGGCAGGACACAGCUUUCCGCAGGCAGGCACAGCUCAUCCCCACCAGCCUCGGGGCCGGGGUUAAAGCCCAGCCACAGCCUCCCUGGGGAGCCAGAGCAGGUCAGGCAGGGAAGGGAGUGAGGGGGGACAAGGAAGAGGGAUGCCACCAGCACCUGCUCCCCCAGGACCCUGAGGAGCAAUGCUGCUGAGCCCCUCUCCAGUCCCUCUCCAAGCCCUUCUGCCCUUGAGCAGGGCACCGCAGGACUGGAGCUCCACCUUAACAGACAGUAACAGUGGAGCGGAGAUGGCUGGAGGUGGCCCAGGGGCUUUAAUCCCCUGCCAUUGCUGGCCAGUGGCGAUGGAAAGCAAUAUGACCUUGCAGAACCCAUUUGGCAUAACUGUGUGGUCCCAAAUACGGAUCUGGUCUGGUUCUACCCAGCUGUCCUGGAGAGCAAGGAAAGCCUGGAGUCCUUCCUGGCAGUCAGCUUUGCUUCAAGGUGUGGUGAGGACUGACAGGUCUUGAAAUCUUCCCGAGAGUUUAACAUCAUCAACACUAGGCUUGUUUGAACUCACCAGGAGACCUAAAUCCCUGAGCAUUUUGGUGCUUGGAAAGUCCAGAACCCCCUGGUAGCCUCAAAAUGAGGGGGAGUCCCCUGCAGCCCUGAGCACCACCUCCAAGGCACAGCAGGGACCAGCGAGACACAACCCCCCUGCCCUGGAGUCCUGAGAGUCCCUUUACUGUUUGACCAGUCGCUCAUGCUGAAUAUACCCAGGGAACUCCAGAAGUGUGCACGUCCAUCUUUCACCAAUGUCUGAUUGUUGCUUAGGUGACUGAAUUCCCUCUGAGACGUCCCCUGGGAUGAAGGGCUAGCAGCAUCCCGUGGGCAGUGCAUGUGCCUCUGGGCGACACGGUGCCCCGAGAGAGCUUUACGGCAGCAAACCUACAGUGCGUUAAUCUUGUGAGGCAUUACUCUGUGCAAAAUGCAUCUGUUGCCUUUCAAACCCAAUGCCCUGCCCCGUGGAAGCGCUCCAGCAAGCCGUAGCGUAGGUACCCUUCCUCCCAUAUGUUGCCAGAGCAAGAGCUUGUACUGCAGCCUCUGCUCAAGUACAGAAUCACCAACUGGUGCAUUAUUUCUGGGAGACCUUAUGACCAUCAAAUACUUGGGUUUUGGUAUUUUUUUAAACCCUGCUGUAGGAAGUGAAGUAUAUUUUCACAAGUGUUCUCAGAUUAUACAGCUUUAAGUGCCAGGUAGUUUCUUGCACGGUUCCCAGAGGUCCAGCCCAGCCUGUCUCUGCCCCAGCGGCACCGACAGGGCAACGCUCGCUCGGCUCCGCUUUCCUGUUUGGAUGUUGCACACUGCAUUCCGUGAAUAUUUUUUUUUUCUUUCUUUUCUAAAGACAUAUUCAAUAUUUAAACUACUGGAGUUUUUUUUGAAACUGUCAUUACAAACGUGAAAACGCUGUACAUAGAUUUUGCUACAUGUUGUAACUUUCCAAAAUAGUUAGGAACUCCAAUCCCUUUGGUAUUUUUAUGUGAAUAUUUUCAAAGAACCAGGACUUCUGACAUAUGAUUAUAUUAUUUGAUAAUGGGACUAUGUAUAUUCGCAAUUCAGUCUCUACCCAAUGCCUAUGUGCUAUUCCUAAAAUAAAGCUACUGCCUUCUGCCUCCUGACUGCAGGUACCUCUGCGUUCUGUCAACAAUUGCUCUGUACGGCCGCUGCAGGUGAAGGUAUGAGGAGUUCUGCAUCCUGCAUCUCUCUGGCUGCACUUCUUAACAUUGGCCCCUUCCGCAUACAGGAGAGAGAUGCAGGAUCUGACCUCGCUGAGUUUGGGCUGGUUCAGGGUAAAUAACAGCCUAACUGUGAAAAGACCUGCUUGCGUGCCAUCGUGCAGGCUAGUGUGAUGAAUAUGAGCAGCAAAUUCUUAAAAUAGUAUGGAUUUUUUCUGCAGCCUUCAGAAGAAAACAUUUUGUGAGCGUGUGAGCCAGUGAAUUGUUUCCCUCUGAAAAGGAAUUCUUGGCUGAGGUUGAGUUUAUGUCCCCAGAGCAAUUUAUCUCCCUUUACACUAACAGCAGAUAGAUAGGGACCAGCUUCAUAUCAGAUUUCCUGGUUGUAGUUUAGCUUGUUUACAGCAGCCUGCUCAAUCACUGGGUCCUCCCUGCAGGCCACGGCGCCAGCAACUGUGAAACGGCUCUGAACAGUUAAUAAAAACGUUGCAGGUAGAAGUCCCUUGCUGGGCACAUGCGUUUAAAGCACUCAAACCCCUCCUGAUGUUUCCCUCGCCCUCCUGGCUGAUCAAGCCUGGCUUUCCUGCAGCCUUGGGGAUCCCAAGCUGCCCAGCACGGCUGUCAAACCUCCUGCUGCAAGGUCCAACGCAGGCCGGACUGCACCUGUAAACCUCCCGAGAAACGAUGUCCCAGAGCCUCCUUCGCAGUCUGUUCCGUACGCCAGCCGCCAUCGGUCACUGCACACACUUUCUUUGCUCUUUCCUGAUAACUGCAAAGACGAGAUAACUUUUCCCCCUGAAUCAGUGCACUUGGCUGGGCGCUCUCCUUCCAGCCUUGCACGGCCCAGCCUUAACAGAAUGCCUGCGUCAGCCUUGAUCAUGGGAUCGUCUUCCCAGGAAAGUGUCCUUGGAAAGGAAAUCAUAAUUCAGGCA